AUGGCGCUAUUUCCUCAUGUUCCAAUUGAAAUAAUUGACCAAAUCUUGCGUUUCAUCCCAAGAUCUGGGCUUCCAAACCUUUGCCUCGUCAAUCAGUCCCUGCGCCAAUGGGCUGAGCGCUUUCUCUAUUCCACGAUUAUUCUUCAUUGGGACUAUAACCAUAUCCCUCCAAUUAUUCUUCUUCUGCGGACUCUUCUCCGAAGACCAGAGCUUUUUACCUAUGUACAUACAAUUACUUUCCUCGGAGAUGACUCUGACGACGGAAAAUCACCACCCCUGCUAGAUAUCACCGAAAUACCAUUCGAGCAGUUUAUCCCUGCCAUCGAGAAGACACAGGUGCCAUACACUAAGCUCUGGGUUGACAGAUUGAAGACGGGCAAUAUGGAAGCCCUUGUUGGCCUUAUAAUUGCCAACCUAUCUAACACUCGACGUCUUGCUCUCAACCAUAACUUUAUUAAUGGCUGUAGUCUUGUUGGCAAAGUUAUCCAGUCCAAAGUCUUUGGCGGUGGUCAACUACUCGCAUUUGAACAACUUGAAGAUGUGAGAUACAUUAAAGUAUUUGACUAUGAUCUCCCAGAGAACAAUUCCACAUUUACCGAUGCACUGUCCCUCUUCUACCUACCGACAGUUACACAUAUUUCAACUUGGAUUUCAAAUCCCACAACAUUCUCUUGGCCAGCUGGAGAGCCUAACCUUGAUCAUCUAACUUCACUGGACAUAGAUUGGCUUUGUGAACCUUUUAUGGCGAAAAUACUUACCCUCACACGAAACCUGAAGUCUCUCUCCUGGACCUGGGAAUACAACAAUGAGCUCGAUGACGAUCCUUGGAAAACGUCUACUCUAGACCUUGAUGCGAUCAUUGCAGCCCUCUCGCACGUCCAAGGCACGCUAGAAAGGCUACAAUUUCGACUGGAAAUUGGAGAGGGCUCGCUUCUUGAUGAUGAACCAGAGAUGACUAUCUUGGGAUCUUUCAGCAACCUUGUUCAUUUCAAUAAGAUAACUCAUAUCGAUGUACCCUUGGUGACGCUGGCCGGCUUUGGGGCCGAUGCUCUGCCUUUGGAGCGCUACCUCCCAGAUAGUAUCGAGAUCCUGUCUUUGUCGACCGGAAUGCUUGUUCAUGAUGCGGUCGAAUGGUUCAUGGACGAUGUCGAUUGGGACAAUGGCGAUUCGGACGCUUACAACGCGGAUGAUUAUGUUAUUCAGAUGAUCCAAUCGUUGGCCGCAGCUUAUCCUACAAGGCUCCCACGACUGCGUCACAUUAAUAUAGUUGAUGAAAAUUGUUGUUUUGGGAGCGGUAGUUUGGACACUCUGGCGAAGGGACUUGCUUUGGGUUUUGAUGUACAGGUUACAGAUCGUUCUGGAUGGUUCAUUCAACGUGAGAGUUUUUGA